CUUGCCAUGUGUUACCGGCAUUGAAGGGUCUAGAUUAAUAAAACGCAUGUCAUGCCACGACGAAGUAGUACCGAGCAAAAGUCUUAUUUGGGGCACAUUGGCGGUGGUCGGAUGCGGCCCGGAACCGACGUUUUGGCAAGGUUAACAUGCGGUCGGUGGAAUCAUGGGGGCCGUGUUGCAGGAUCGCCACUACUGCUUGCUGAUCACGAAAUCUAUUCUGUGCGUGGGCGCUAUCGAUGGGUGUUUAGGCGGGAUCUAUAGGCUACAUGGGUUAGGACGUUGGAUGAGCUGCAUGAAGAAAUUCUGUAUAUAAGUGGGAGAGCUUCUCCCGCCACUGAGAUGCUCACCCCCUCCGCCUCCUACCUCUCGUUCCUACAUUGCUGCUAAGCCGUCGUGGUCGCAGCGCUCGCAAUGCAGUUCCUCGCUCGUUUGGCCGCUCUCGCGGUAGCUGCGGCCCCCUUCCUCGCCCAGGGCGCGCCCUUCAAACAAUCCGAAGUCGUCAAGGGGAAAUAUAUCAUCCAGCUCAAGCCGGAUGUCGACAUUGCAACUCUGGCCGAGCACCACAACAAGGUCCGCGAGAUCCACAGACGGAACGCCCUGGCGAGACGGGACCUCGCGGCUGUGGAGCUCAAGGGCGUGGAGAAGGAGUUCGGCUUUGGCGAUUUCCAUGGCUAUUCGGGAGGGUUUGACGAGGCGACUAUUGAGGAGUUGAGGAAACUUCCUGAGGUCUUGAACAUCGAGGAGGAUACAAUCAUGACCACCCUAGAAAUCAAGACCCAGGCGAACUCCCCAUGGGGCCUCGCCAGUAUCUCCUCCAAGUCCGGCACGGGCACCGAUUACCUGUACGACGAGACUGCGGGAGCGGGAACGUAUGUCUAUGUCGUUGAUACAGGCGUCUGGACUACGCAUCAGGAGUUCGGAGGCCGCGUCGAGUGGGGAUUCAACGCCGUGAACGACGUAAACACCGAUAAUGCCGGUCACGGAACCCACGUCGCCGGCAUCGUCGGUGGUGCCACGUUCGGCGUCGCAAAGCGAGCCACCAUCGUCGCCGUCAAGAUCUUCGAAGGCAACAGCGGCACCACGUCGACUGUGAUCAAGGGCUUCGAGUGGGCCGUCAACGACAUCGUCGCUAAGAACCGCACUUCCAUCGCCGUCAUCAACAUGUCUCUCGGCGGCGCCGGAUCCACCACCUGGGACAACGCAAUCACCGCUGCGUGGAACCAGGGCGUCUUGGCCGUUGUUGCCGCCGGUAACGAGAAUCAACCCGCGAGCAGCAGGUCCCCUGCCAGGAGUCCCGAGGCCAUCUGCGUCGGCAACGUGCAGCAGGACCUCAAGAGAUACGGAGGCAGCACGGGUUCCAACUACGGUCCCGCCGUGGACAUUUUCGCCGCCGGAACGGGAAUCAUUAGCGCGUACAGAGGCAGUGAUAACGCGACCUGGACGUUGACGGGCACGUCGAUGGCGGCACCGCAUGUUGCUGGCCUGGUCAGCUAUCUCCGUGGAUUGGAGGGACCCAUGACCGGAGAGGCCGUUAAGGCGAGGUUGUACGAAUUGGCGGUUGUUGGGAAGGUGACGGACUUGAGGGAGAGCGCAGAUAGGUUGGCGUUCAACGGAGUGGAAGUUCCGGGCGAGUCUUAGAUGACAUCUUAGAGAGUUAUGACCGAUGCAGAUUACGGCCAAGGAAUCUAAUAUAGUUCAAAAUUGAAUGGAGAAGUCGAACGAGUUUCUCGACUCGAUGUGUUGAGUGCUAGGGCGAAGCGGGUCCCAGUGCGACGCGGGCGUCCCGAGUCCGAGAAAAGUGAAUAGGAGGGGGAACGUUCUACACAUUAUCAGUUCCACUGCAUAGCACAGGAUCAUACCACCUUGCGAGAAUAUCAAU